GUUAGUUUUUACAAACAAACCAAAUGAACGAGCAACGUACGAGGGAGCACCGGGAAGCCAAUGGAAAACAAGCGUUUCAAAUCGAGACGACGGAAAAUUGGAUUUUUGAUUGGAUAAUGCGCGUCAUCCGAAUAAAUGUAACGCGCACUUUGCCGACGGAGUAUCAACUUGUUCGAUAAUUUUCACCACUUCGUCGUUCGUGAUUAUCCACGAUAUAUAGAAAUAAUAAAAUGUAUAAAUAUAUACUUCACGGAUACAAGAAUGGGUCCCGAACAUUUUGCCGCCUCUUUUAAUUCCGUUGUUUUAAAGAUCGUAAAAACCAUUGUCGCGUGAUCGAAACUCGGGAAUCCAACGAGAACGUAAUUUUUAAUAUUUAUUAUACAAACCGAGAUGCGUCGCGUCGAUCUUUCCACUGUAUUUCACGAAUUAUCAAACUAUAGAACGAUCAACGAUAUUCACGAUAAAAUCGGCCUAAGGAUUUUUUUCUUAUAAUCGCUGUUCUACAUUUCCCGCCAACAUGGCAAAUAUGGCGGAACUCGGUUGGUUUCCCGCCAAACCAUUACGGAGCUCUCGUAUGGCGCAGCUCGGUCUUGUAUAGCGGUGUAAGGUAGUCGUGUUUUCCUACGGUUUUCCAUCGGUUUUCCGACGAAAAUGGGGCAGUCGGACGACAUCGAGGACUCCACUUAUAGCAGACAUCAAGACUUGUGUCAAAAAUUGAAUAUGGAUGCGACUUCCGCGUCCGAGGCCUGGAAAUCUUAUGAGACGAUCCGACAGAAUUACACUCUCGAGGGUGAUCAAUUACAUUGGAUAGGGUGUGCAUUGUACGUUGCAUGCCGUAAAUCUUCUAUACCCACUGUUGGAAGAACAGGAGCUCACGUGGAAGGAAAUUGUGUAUCACUGACUCGUUUAUUGCAACUGUGCAAUCUUCCACUAAUACAGUUCUUUACAAAAAGCAAGUCAUGGGCAGAUAUGGCAAACAUGCCUCAAGAUUUUCGCUCCAAAAUCGAGAAAUUAGAAGGAAAUUUUUCUGUCUCGAUGGUUAUAUUUAAAAAGUAUCAGCCAAUAUUCACUGACAUAUUCAAAGAUCCAGCAGAUGAUAUUUCAAAACCACCAAGAUCUAGGAGACAUAAAGCAAUGCCCUGUACUCCUGCAAGAGUAUUCGAAUUCUGCUGGGCCUUAUUUAUUUGUAUAAAGGGAGCAUUACCUGCUAUCUCCGAUGAUUUAGUUAAUUCCUAUCAUUUACUGUUGGUCUGUUGUGAUCUUAUAUAUAGCAAUGCUUUAUUGGCUAAUAGAAAAGAUCUUUUAAAUCCUAACUUUCCAGGUCUACCUCCAAACUUUAGCGAUGAGAAUUAUACUCCUCCUCAAACAGCAAAUUGUAUAGUCAGUUUGUUAUGUGAACGUCACGAAGCUAUUGCGGUUGAAGCUAAAGUUAUUAAGGAAUAUUACCUAAGAAGUCAUAUCAAGAAAUUAUUCGAUGAAAAAGUUCUACGUGGAGAUCCAUCGAAUUUUUCUGGCAUUUUGGAAGCUUUAAAUUUUGAUGGCAACAAUAAAGCUAUCAAUAGAGUGUAUGAGCAACAUGUACUGAGCGUUGGAGAUUUUGACGAAAGAAUCUUCUUAGCUGAUUGGAGAAGAGUCAGACUAAAUGGAAUAUCAAGCUUGGAAUUAGUUGGAGGAGAUAUAGCUUGCGCUAAAUUAGCCAAACAUAUUUUACUCAGAGGUCAUGAUGCAAGUAAUAAUAUUGGUUCUCCUACGCAGAUGAUGAACGUUGGAGACCUUCAAGAACAGUUUCAACUGAAGAGAGAACAGUAUAGUGGGAUACAGCAUUUAGCACCCCCGACUCCAUUAACAGGACGUGGUUACCUUAGACCAAAAGAUAUUACAAACGUGACACCGGUGUCUACCGCUACACAAAGUGUCAUUCGACUACAAGCCAUGCUGGCAGGACAAACUUCUCCGAGCGAGAAUCUUCUACAAAUAUUGAAUAGCUGUUCGCAGGAUGUGAAAUCAUUGGUUGAAACGAAGGUGAAGGAAAUAGGAGAACAUUUUUACGCAAAUUACAAUAAAAGUACAAAUGCAAAUGAGACUACCUCAGAUUUUGGAAAGAAAAGACUUUACCUGGGCCAGACUCUGUUUUACAGACUUCUAGAGAUGAUUUUAAACGAAGAGAAACGCAAGAAGCCAAGUUACGACGUUACGAACCUUCUCACAAACGAGGUGUUCAUUCAAUGCUUAUUCGCUUGUUGCCUGGAGAUAGUCAUUUAUUCUUAUAAGAGCAACGACAAAGUCUUCCCUUGGAUCUUGAACGCGUUGAACCUCGACGCUUACUAUUUUUACAAAGUGAUAGAAAUUAUAGUCAGAGCGGAGGACCAACUGUCGCGCGACGUUGUGAAGCACCUGAAUCAGAUAGAGGAAAAGAUUUUAGAAUCUCUCGCAUGGCAGAGUGACAGCCCUUUGUGGGGAGCUAUCCAGUCCACACCGGAAGGUGUUCCCAGUUGCGAAGAAGUUUCGUUGCCAGGAACAUUGGAAACCGUUGAUCCAAACAUACCCGGACAACCGGUGUUGCGGAGAAUCGCAUUGGACCGUGGCACCCACCACGACGUGCAGCAGAGUCCGAUUUCCUCUGCCUCUGAAAGAUUUCAGUCUCCGGUUGCAGCUUCGGGUGUAGCCAAGAAGCGUCUGUUCGCGGACACUCGGAUCGGCGGUCAGAGCGUGCUACGAGUAGCCGGUCAGAGUAUGUUACCGCAGAAGGUUCUGGCCAUAGACGGUAACCAGAGAAUACUGUUGCUACCUGAACAAAUAACGGUUCCCAGAUCGUCCAGCGUUCAGUCGACGACUGCCCCGAUACAAACCAUGACAAUCAACAGGGAACCGGCGAAGCCAAAACGGACCGGUUCAGUCGCGCUUUUCUUUAGGAAAUUUUACAAUCUCGCGUGCGUGCGCAUGUUGGAUCUAUGCGGUUCCCUGGAGAUAAUGGACACCGAUCUGAAAAAGAAAAUCUGGACGAUAUUCGAGUACUCGAUCAAGGACAGAACAGAACUGAUGAAGGACCGGCAUCUCGAUCAGAUCCUGAUGUGUGCAAUCUACGUGAUCUGUAAAUUAGCGAAAAUGGAGAAGAACUCGUUCACGGAGAUCAUGCGGUGCUACCGGCUACAGCCGCAGGCAGAGUCGCACAUAUACAGAUCUGUACUUAUCGCUAAAACACCCUCCAACCAGUCGCAGUCGAACAACGACGAAUCCGGCGCGAAAGACGCGCCGGAUAAAGAGGCGAACGUGGCUCCACCCACGCCCUCGAAUAUGGCGGGAACUUCUCAGAGCUUCGGGGAAGAGACACGGGGUGACCUGAUCAAAUUUUACAAUACAGUGUACGUGCCUCAGGUGAAAGAGGUGGCGAACAAAUUAGGAUUGGCCCGAGGCAGCGUGACGAAUCUUUCGUUGAGCCCCCUACCCAAAGCGAAGCCGCCAGCGAGCUCUCCAGUCAGACAUGUAACCAGUAGUAUUAUGACGCGUACCCUGGACCCAAAAGCCAUCUCCGCUUCUCCAGCGCCGCAGCUUAGUUAUUGUUUUAGUCGUAGUCCUGCUAAGGAUUUGGAGGCUAUUAAUAGAAUGAUGAUUUCUGUCGAUCCAAAGCGAUCAGUUGGUAAGAGACUUCUGUCGGAUGACACGGAUGUAGAAAUGUCGGAAGGAUCGUCUCCCAUAAAAAAGACUACUGCUUUUUUCGCGCGUAAAUUAGAGAAUAUAAUUGGCGAACGACGUACGCAGAAUCAAUAAGAAAUAACGAUCCGGCGAUAUAUAUAUAUAUGUUUCUCGGGAAAUCUGCACGCGAUGGAUAAUGAAAAAUGUUCGGUCGACAUUUGGAUUCUCAUUUUGAAUAUAAACUCAUUUAAACUUGAACUCUAAUAGCGGGGGAAAAAAUGGCAUUUUCAAAGACGAAUUUCUGUUUCUUGGCUGUGUGGCUUAAAGUAAAUGAAUUAUUCGCUUCUCAGGUAUGAUCAUGUUGAAAACAGGGAACAGGCCCAUAUGAUACCUAAUUGUAUACAAGGGUACGAUACUGUUACGUUGAAUGAAGUCAGAACAUUAUUUCCAGUACCUCUCUAAGGUUGCGUAAUCGAAUAAAAAAAGAAAAAAAUAAUAAGAAUUGAAUUUAAGCAUUUUCAUUAUAUUACUUAUGUUAAGGGUGUCGGAUUGUCUCCCCUCAAGCUAAUGAGGUUCUUCUACUUGUUCGGGAUUGUAUAAGCAGCUCUAUGCAGUGUUCAAUGCAAACAUGUGAAAGUGGGUUAGGAGAGGGUAACUCCCCUAGAGAUCUCGCUAUCACCUAGUUCGACACCUCUGAGUUAUACACUGAUAUUAUUCGAGUAUAUUUAAUUUAAGAAUCAUCAUGGUUAUCACAUGUAAUCAAUCGUUAUGAUGUAUAUUCUUAAAAAGAAAAGAAACUUAGAAUUCAAUUUUAUGCAACUCUCAAUGUAUUACUGGAAAUAAUUCUGACCUUUAUUAAUGUCACUGAUCAAUAGUAUUUUGAUCUAGCUAUGUACUCUCUCUGAAAUUUUUAUUUAUAUAUACAUAUAUAUAUAUAUAUAUAUGUGUAUGUACAUAAAUAUAUAUAUAUAUAUACACACAUACUUACACGUAUGUGUAUAUAUAUGUAAUUGAUAUACAGAGCAUCCCAUUAUAAUCUAACCACAUAAUUAUUUCUCAAUAUCAUUCCUUACUCGAACAAAUGUUUACGAAUGAAACUUGUUCCGACGAGGAUGCUAAUAGAAAAGUCACGGUGAAGAACUCCUCUUUCCAGUGAAAUACGUUUCGUUGAAAACAUUUCCUUCGAAUAUCGAAUAGCCCCGGAGAUAAUUUAGUAAGAAGAUUAUAGUAGAACACUCCAUGUAUGAAAAUGUAUAUGAUGAAUUUGUAAAACUAAUGACUAUAGAUGGUAAAUGAACUUCAUUUUACCAAUAGAUUAUAAGCGUCCUCCGAGAGUAAAUGAAUUGCUCGGAGCAUGCAAAUAUGAUUUGGGUGAUAUUUAAUUAAAUUUACUAGGCGUAAGUCUUGAAGUUACAAAAUUCUCAACGUUUCGUCGUCCAAUGUAUUUUACUUGGUUAUAAUUGUAAUAAGUUAUUUACGUCUCUCACGAUAUUUUGUUCAUUUGCGGACUGUUUCGGUUCCCUGCAGCACGUGGCGUGUGCAUUUAGGUAUAAGUAUUUUUCAAAUUUGACUUCUGAUCUCAUUAAUCUGUCUUUUAUACCAAACAAUAUACUAUUAUUAUUAUUAUUAUUAUUAAUAUUAUUAUUAUUAUUGUUAUUGUUAAGAUAAGAUCGACAUUUAGAGAGAUAGGAUUGAAAAAAGAAUUUCUUGUUUUUUGUUCAGGAAAUCUUGUACAGUAUGGAUGAUUUAUAGAUAACAAACAUUAAAAAUAAAAAGUGGAUGGCUUUUUCAGACAGAUAUCAUAGCAUGAUCAUAUACAAAUUUCUCAGUAUCGCCGCUCGCGUAAUUGUUAUAUUUAAAUCUACGUUCAUGAAUAUUUUCAGCUACACGAAGCUCUGGCAAAAAUUAACGUUGAGAUUGUAUUUCUCUGUUGCGCAAUUAUGGCAGUUCCUUUAACGACUUCUCUCUUUAGGUAAAAUGGAAAUGUAAAGUUUUAUUGGCAUAUAAUUAAUUAUUAAAUAGUUUACAUGUACAUAGUAUUGUAAUUCGAAAGUAAAUUUAGAAAGAAUAAAAGUCGGAAAUUUUAUAUGUUACACCUAUUCUAAUACGAUGUUAUCGAGUAAUAUGUAUAUUAAUAAAUAUUUAAUCGAUUUGUAUUUUUUUUCUUUCUAUUGGUAUAUGAAAAGUCAGGGACAAAAUAUUCUUAACAAUUCAACCAUAUAAUCAACUAUAAAUGCAUUCUUUACUGAUCGUUCCUUUUUAUUGAUAAUAGUUUUUAGAUAAUACAGAUUAAUCAAUUUGCAUUUAAGUCGUUUAUAGGCUGCAAAACAUAAGAUUAACAUUCAAAAUAAUUACAAUUUAUUUUUACACUAUUCAUUGCUAAGCAACUUGCAAUGUGUUGAUGUAUACGUAUCCUAUAAUACUUACAAUACAUAACCUAUGUAAGUUUAAUAGAUCUGUGCAGUAACAAAAUAAGUAUCGGUGCUUUCCAAGAACUCGAUGAAACAUGCAUUUCUCUGUAAAAAUUCGAAAUAUACCAAUAUUUAUAACAGAUCCAAUAUACAGAUAUUUCUUUACUGGUAUAAACAAGUAUAAUAUUAACAGAGAAAGUAGAAUUAUGCAAAAAUUAAUGCGUAAGGAUAAGUUAUUAAAAGAUCGAAAGGGAGCUCUUGUAACAAGUGAAACGCGUAAAAGAGGACCAUCCGUACAGACACAACAAAGAAUGAACGUGUUGAAUAAAAUUUUUAUGCAACAUAUUACAGAUUUUAUGUCUACGGGAGAAUUAGAUGCUAGACUUCUAAAU